UUUGAAGAAAUUAUGUGUAGUCGUUUUCAAAAGUUGUGCUAGUUCGUUUACAAACUGAUAAGCAUUGCUGAUUGAAAAACGAAAGUGUUUUUCAUCCAGUUUUUAUCAAGAAGCUUCUUAAAUGAACGUUUGACGAUGUCUGCAUCUACUGGAUGGAAUGCUAAAAGUUACUACCAACGCAGUCACAGAAGUAGGAACCAUACAUUUAGGAAAUAUGGUCGUUCGCUGCUCCAGCCAAAAUUCGAUUCUUCAACAAAAACCGAGAAACAUUGGAACCAAAUAAGUUUAUACUCUAAAAAAGAACCACGAAUCACCUUGCCAGUGAAACCGAUAGGAUAUAAAAGCUCAAUACUUAUAAAGAGGAAAAAACCACAGAAUAUUACCGUUAAAGGUGAUGUCCAAGGACACAAUCAGAUUUCAAAAUGUGAAAAAUUGUCAAGCCAAACAGAAGAAUACUUUCCAUUCAAUACAGGCAAAAGUAAAUCACCUGAUUUUCGGGACAUACCUAUGUGGUUGCAGAAGUCGGUGAAGUCUGUACAGAAUUGUUUCCGGGAGCGUCCUCCAAAAUUAACAGAUAAUUUUACCUAUCGUACUAACUGUGAGGAUGGAAACGCUUCACCGAAUACAUUUAAAGCCAUACAUAAGUCACUUAAAAAAGCUAAAGCUAAUAUAUCGGGUAACCUUGAAGAGAUCUUCUCGAAACUGGGUUUAGAACAAUGGAUAGAAGAGUACAAAAAUGCCAAUAAUGAAAGUAUGAAUAAAAAAUCAUUCAAAGAUCAACAAAUAGCUCAAAAUUUAACGCGUUCAUGGAAAAAUGAACGCUCACAGGAAAAACGUUUGAGGAAAGAAUCAUCUGAUCAAAAUCCCUUACAGGGUCAAACGUUAAGUACGAACGUUGUUGACGAUCAAUCAGAAUUUUACUCAUCAGAUUCAGGAAAGCAAUACAGAGAUGAGCAGUCUAGAUUUCUAACACAAGAUAAACUGAACAUAUCAUUUCCACUAUCCCCAAGUGAUAAAAUACAGAAUACGAGUUUGGAUUUCCUGUCUGUUGAAUUAUUUGACAAGUUACAAGAAAACAAUUCAAUAAAUUCGAGAUCUAGUUCAAUAAAUGACAAGGGAUUUAGCCAAAUAGAAAUACACGACAGACCAACAGUUCUUAAAAACAACCAUCAUGAAUAUCCACUAAAGUCUCGUUACCCACGAAGUUCCUGUAGUUUCAGGAGAUGUCUAAAUGACCUGACAAUAGGCGAAAAACAAAACUAUGAAGAUGUUUUGAAACGAAAUACUGUAACAAGUAAUAACAUAAACUUCGAUCGGGUAAGCAAAAAGGGAUAUGAAUUUGGGCCUGAUAUCCAGAAAAUACAUCGCUGGUUAGAUGAAAACCCUUAUUUAAUGAGUGACUAUACUAAAAACAAGAGGAAACACACACUCACGCAAAAGUCUGAUACAAAAUACGUCCAUCCAAAAGACAAUAUAAAGUAUACGGCUUCUCCUUUGAACAUCAUUUCUCCACCUAUUCACCCAAUAUGGGAUACACCGGAAGAUCUCCGAACAUCAACACUUACUGACUUUCUUCGUUUCUAGGACUUGAAUUCACUUAUAUAAAUGGCUUAAAUGUUUGAUGAAUUGUUUCUCUAUUAUAAAAAAUUUAUCAUGGGAAGUGUUUUUUUUUGUUGUUA